CCUCGGUACACCCAUCCACGUCCCGACCCGGUUCCAAAUCGUCUCAGCCACCCCUCGUGGCGUGGCUUCGUCGCUGCCCGUUCUCUUCUCCUCAAAACGGGACAAGUAACAUCGUUUCGGCAUCGCUGAACAGGCCCCAACGACGCUCGGUCGUACGGCAACACACAGAACAGCAAAAAAAAAAAACCAGCCACCUUUCGCUUCUUCAUCCGUCAUCAUCUUCUGCCGCUGCCCAGGCCAUUCCGUUUGCGAUGGUGAAGCGAUCGCGUGAAAGCGCCUACUCCCCUACGUGUGGGGACCGCGGAUGGGAAUGAAAGUACGGGGUUGGCCACGAUGGUGGUGGUGCGCGAUCUCUCUCGCGGAAGAUCGGUUCGCGGCGAGCCCCAGCGUUCGGCAGCCAGCGGCAGUUCGGUGGAAAAAAGUUUUCAUUAAGAGUUUGAGAAGUAGAAACAGUUCAGUCAGUAUCGAGGUGUACACGGUGGAAGAAAGUAGUGUAUCUACGCCCUGUUUGCCGCUCAAUCUGGUGUGUAGUGUGCAGUUAGAAGAGUAGUUCGUUUCGGGCUUUUGUUUUAGUUUGUAUUGUCCCACUGUCCCCGGCGGUUUAGUUCAGUCUGGUAGUAUCCGCAUUAGUUAGUUGUUCCCAAAGCCGCCUCCUAAACCUCCGAAAACAUAUAAAAAUGAAAGUCACAUUCCUGUUGGAGCUAUUACUAAUUCUCAUCAUUAUCGCAUUUGCCGCCUCCAAACCGGUCAAUGAUGAGGGACGAAAUGCACACAAAGGAACGCUCAUCUCUCGGCAGGCGGCAGAAGAUCUAGCUGCAGCUGCUGCCCCUGUCGAUGGCGCCCCAAUCGCUCCCGUUGUUCCGGCUGCCGGUGGUGACGACGACGAUGACGACGAUGACGAUUCCGACGAGUUCGAUCUCGGCGAUGACGAUGAUUCGGCCGAAGAUGAUGAUGACGACGCGGACGAUGACGAUGACGAUGAGGAAGACAUCAUCGGAUCGGUCGAGGAUGAGAUCGACGACGAUGACGAUGAUGAUGAUGAUGACGAUGAUGAGGAGGUAGCGGCACCGGUGGCCCCGGCGGCGGUUGUUGACCAGCAGAAACAGACAGCUAACCAGGUGGCACCGGCGGCUGCGGCGGCUGCUGAGGACGACGAUGACGACGAUGAUGAUGAUGAGGAAGACGAUGCACUGUCUUUUUUUGGUGAUGACCUACUAGGCGCAUUCGAUGAUGACGACGAUGACGAUGACGACGAUGAUGAUGACGAUGACGAUGAGGAUACCGUUGCCGCCGUACAGCCCGCCGUCCAGGCCGCGGCCGCCGUCGCUCAGCCAGUUGCCCAGGCCGCCGCCGAACCGGUGGCACAGGUCGCCGCCGCCGCCCCCGCCGCUGCCAAGAAGACGAAGAAGAAGGUCACCGCUCAGAACACGCAGGCCCUGCUGGAUCUGGCCGAUGCGGCCGCCGCCCAGAACGAGGUAGACAGCAGCUCGGUGAAGAAGCCGGCCGAGGAGCUGGACGUGAACAGCGAGGUGAACAAGAUCGCCGAAACGUUGGCCAACCAGGGUGCCGGCGAAAGCGCCACCGAGAGCGCCGUGGAGGAUGACGAGGAGGAGGAGGAAUACGACGAGGGCUCGCCAGAAAAGGUACAAAAUCAAAACACGAAUAACAAUAAAGUUGACGUUGUUGCGAACGCUCCAGCUCAGCCCGUAACCGUGACGAAACCGGAGAAGAAACCGGCGACCGGCGACGAUGACGACUACCUGUCCGCCCUGGUCGGUGACGAUGACGAUGACGACGACGAUGACGACGAGGACGAUGACAGCGAGGAGACGCCCGCUGCCGCCGUAGCAGCCGCGACCGGCCAGAAGGAGGACCAGCAGACGGCGAGCGGUGUCGCCGGGACGGAAGCGGACGAUGACGCGGAAGACGACGAUGAUGACGAUGACGACGACGAUAGCGACGAGCUGAUCGACGAGAGCGCCGUAGAGGACAUUGCCGAGUCGGACGUGUGAGAGGCCCCAGGUGGUUGUCCCGCUUUCCCAUCUUCCCCACUCCCAGACUUCCACACCCCACCUGUCUGUCCCUGACGACGUAAAGCCGUCUACCAAGCCAAGGAAGAAGGACACACACGUACACACGAACACACAUUUCACACCUACACACACACACUCAUGCAUACAGACACAAAGUUGACUGAGAUCGUCGAGAUGAUGAGGUGAGCAUGGUUCCAAUCACUUGCGGGUGCGAUGAAGGGGCCGGGAAGGGAAGGGAACGGAAGGGUCACUAUUGGGAAAAUGGGUGCAAAGGACGAGAAAAAAAGGGAACAAAACCAAACUGUGCAAAGAAGAUCCCCGCGAUCGUUCUACCUCCAUCGGAUGCGAUCAUCUUCCCCGUCCCGCGCCCUGCUUCAAUAGCACCUCCGCCCCCUCACCUUCCCUUCAGCCAGUCGUACAUAUGUUCGGCCUGUGUUUCCACCAAAUACGAUCGGAUUCGCAUCCCACUAUUCCUCCCUGACCGUCAAAGAACUCUAAACCCCGUAACCAUCCAGCAAAACCGACCGAACUCCAAAUGCGAACCUUUAUGUCCGUGCACCUCAUUGAAGGAGGUGGUAGAGAAAGAGAGAGACAGAGAGAGAGGGGAGUUAGAUAUAGCACAGAAAGAGAAGAAACAAACAAACGGAUCAAGCAAAGAUCAAUCGACAAGCUGUUAGUGGGUCGGGUACGAGCAACCGAUCGGGCAGUUGCGACAAACCGGCGGCAAUUCCAUCGAUCACUUUCAUCCAUCGCGCGCGAUGCGAUGCAGCAGCUCUGUGCACAAUCAGGAAUCACAGCAAAACGGACGGACGGACGUAGAACCCGAAAACUGACUAGGAGUUUUAAGAUAAUUUAUUUAUUUAUUUAAAUUAUUUAUUUAUUUAAUUUAUUCGUACGUUGUGUACAAUCAGGACAACCGACUAUACUACUACCACUGCAAAUACUACUACUGGAACUUUUUUUUUUGAGAGUAAAAAGACAGUGAUAGCCGCGACAUCGCUCAAUAUAGAACAGUACGAAAAGGACAAUAAAGAAGAAACAAACGGACGAGAUUGUAAAAAAAUCAUAA